AUGCUAGUUACGCUUUGAAUUUAAGAAUGUUCUCUAUGAACCAGGCAGGUGGAUCGUGUAGCAGAGGAGCCACCAGAAUUAAUAAACAACAACAGAAUGUUGGUGCUGGUGGAGUGGGGGGCGAGCGCCCCCCUGGCUCCGCCACUGAUCUGGAGGGAAUGUGGAUCCAGAGAGGGAUUGAAUUGUUUGAGGAGGAUCCUGAAUAUCAAGCCAAACUGAAGCAAUUUCAGAAAUGGCACCCACCUACCUUUAGGGGUACACAAGACACCAAAGAUGCCAAUGAGUGGAUACAGGAUCUAGAACAGAUAUUCAAAGUGAUUACUGAACAGGGAGGCAAAGGUAAAGCAUUCAUCAACCACAUCCAACCUCAGAAUAAGAGGGUUGAGCAGAAGGGUAAAAGAAAGGGGGUGUUCAUCAAUAAAGUAGAAGCUCCGGAAUUCAAAGUGUGCCAUCAGAAACUAGAGAAUAAGAAUGGAUUAGUACCUGAUGAAGAAGUCAACGAGGCAACAGACGGGGCAGCAGCUGUCGCAGCUGUGGGGAAGAGGACCGGGAUUAGCAGGGAUAGGAAGAAGAUUGCCGUUGGAGAGUUCAUCGCCGGAGACGGUGGAGAUCGCGACGCCGGAAUUGGGAGAGGGGGAGAUUGGAGAUGCUGGAGUUGGGAGUGGGGGGAGAUCAGAGACGAACAAUACUCUUUUUUUUUUUUAGUGAAAUUCAUUUACUAGGGUUUCCAGUAAAUCUCUUGAUGGCAUAAAUCGGACCUGACGUGACCUGAUCCUUUUCAUGACUUUUCAUGGUCCAGGUUUUCGCUUUCAAGGAAUACGGAGGCAGUUAGUUCAAUCCUGCAUUUGUCAAUCAGUGGAUCUCUGUCAGGAGCAUCGUGCCACCACGCAAACGAAAUCUUUAUUGUGGGGCCCAAAGUACAAUAAAAGUUCCUAUCGGGA